AAAAAAAAAAAAAAAAAAAACAAGUAGGCCAGCAUUUCAGUUUUUCCAUGUGGAAUCCUAGUUAAAUCCUUUACACGUUGUUUUCUCGCUCUGGCUGAGAGGAUCUCAGCUUUUCUAAACUUGUGAGGGACCAGCGGGCAUGGGAGAGGCGACUCCCGCUCAGUCUGCUGCUGGUGUUGCUGCAGGGACCUUCGUGCCCAUGCUGGGUGUCGGGUUGGGCGCCAUGCCCGGCGGGGUGGUCGGCAACGGACCGAUGGUGGCCACCUCCAGAGGAGGCUCCGCGGACCCUCAGCUGCACAACGCCAUCGUGGAGCGUCUGCGCGCCCGCAUCGAGCAGUUCAGGAGGCACCACUCCACCUGCGAGAACCGCUACCAGAGGGGUCAGGCGGAGAGCUCCGACCGGGAGCACGAAAACACGCUGCACCUGCUUAACAUCGUCCAACAGGGGCCCGGGAACCGAAAAAGCAAAGGGAGCCGGGUUUCGAACCAGCAACCCCCAGACUACAGCAGGGCCAAUGGGGAGCAGAAGGCAUCGGAGGGCGAGCAGAAGAUUUCCACCCGCAUAGCGCUUCAAGGAUCUCUGCGAAGGAAAAUGGAAGGAAACACGCCAGGACUGAAGCAGAACGGCCUCUCUUGUGGAUUUUCAGGAUCCGACUUUAAGCGUGUCCGUUUGGACACAGGUGGCCUGGGUCACGGUUCCUGCAACCACAACUUAACCCGCCCUCUGCAAGGGUCCUCAACCAUUGGCUUGCAGAGGAAGAACUAUAUGAUGCCCCAUGGAAUAGGGUCUGACAUGUUCAACAUGACUCUGAAAGAAAUGAAAAAGGAGCCCCAAGAGAUUCAGUCUUGUGGCCACUCAAACUCUGAGAUGAUUUUCGACUUCAAAGAAGAAGGUAAUGGGCAAAUUGACCCAGAACUCCAGGAGCUGUUUGAUGAACUGACAAAGUCGGUGCCUCCUCUGAAUGAUCUUGAGUUCGAGAAGAUUCUAAAGCAGGACGAUACCUUCGGUUUGGAUCUAGGUCGGCCAAAUUCAGCAGGAGCAGCAGCCACUCUGUGUUCCCCGGUGGACAAGGUGAUAAAGACGGAGCACUCGCAAGAUUUCGGACAGGGCCACAAUGGUUCACCGCAGCUUCGACCGGCUUCAGCAGGUCCCUCGUUCACACUGAACAGCACCGCUUCUACCAAUACGUUACAGAAAGGCAAUGCCCAGGCCGGACACAACAGAACCUUGCCCUGCUGGCCGGAAAUAUCCCAUGCACAGCAGCUCAAGCAGAUGGCGGCAAACCAGCAGCAACCAGGUGCUCUUCUACAUCACCAGCAUCAGACCCAGCAUGUAGGAAUGACCAGCUGGGCUACAACCAUGAGCCCUCAACCUACCACCAGCAGCUUCGCCAAAGCAAAAGUCUCUAACCAGGCCACACUCAACCAGCAGAAGAUGGGCUCCCAUAAUAAAGGCAUCAGCAACUGCCUGUUUAAGUCAAAUGGGCACAAUGGCUCCCAUCAGUUAGACAUGAAAGGUCUCAGUUCCAAGCCCACGUUGCACUUCAGCCCCAAAGUUUCUCAUUCCACCAGUCAGUCCAUGUCUAUCAUGACAAACUCGAUGACCAAGACGGAGCAGCAUCAACAAUCACCAUCACCGAGCCAGAACCAGGCACAUUCAGCUCUCCAUUUCCAGAACCAACAGAUCUCAACGUCGAGUGCCGUCUGUUUGCAACCCAAGUCGGUUUCUGCUGGGCUGCCAUUCAGAAUGUCUCAACAGCAACAGGCUGUUCCUGCUGGUCCUAGGAUGCCCACCAGUGGAAGCUUAGGGGUCCAAUCACCACCGCAGCCAUCAGCGACUAGCAGCCAGCAGAAAGGCCCGGCCAGAGGCCCACCCAUGCAGAGACAGGUUAACCUGCAGCAGCACUCCAUCAGCAACACAGAUAAAGAUAACACACAUGAUCAGUUCAGUCGACAUCUCACAAGACCACCUCCGGAUUACAAGCAGUCGAGAAGCUUGGUGGGGAUUCAGCAAGCAAAUAUCUUUCCAGGUCAGAAUCCCAGCAAUGGUCCUGACAAUAACCUGCAGUCCAUAUCUUGCCAACUCUCAAGCGGGCCUACUUCAAAGAUGAACCCUUUACCAUCGGAUCGCAGAUUCGGUAUCAGGCCAGACUGCCACCCCAGCUCCUGUAUCGGCCAAUUCCAGCAGCAAAACAGUCACAGUCGUAUAGGACUGAGUCAAAGUAAACCAAGGUUUCUGGCACCAAGCACACAGGGGAAAUCCUUUGGGAUGAACAAUGUAGCAGGUGUGCAACAUCAGAGGGCGACAGCUGACUUGCAUUCCUCCAGGGUGCCAGUACAGAAUCUGGGAGGCUCGAUGACAAAUGUCAGUCUGAGCUGGGGGUCAGCCAACAAGCAAGUGGCAGCUGGACUUCGGCGUCUGCCCAACCCGCUGCAGUUGCAGGGUGUGCAAGACCUGCCGAACCACCCGUACCAGCAGAGGCACGUCGGACCGCCCAACCAGGUAGCACCAGACGCAGGGAUGCCGUCCCUCGGAGACGCAGGCCAAGCCAGACCGAGUCAGGCCAUGAUGGGCUGUCCAUCCCCUCUGGGAAACCUGAGCCAGGCCUCUCCUGAACAAAGGGUGCCAGCAGCCAGCUUUCCAGAUGCCAGUCCCAGUUCAAGCAGCUACCAGAACAACAGAUCCAACCGUCUGACCUUCGACUUCCUCCCAGAAGGGGACAACACCGUCCCUGGAAUCAAUGCAGACUCAGACUUCAUUGACUCCCUGCUUAAGUCGGGCUCCGGAAAUGACGACUGGAUGAAAGAUAUAAACCUGGAUGAGAUUCUGGGAAGUCACUCCUAAGUUUAGAUUACAAACUGCAAAAAAUGUACCUGCAGCUCAGAUGAUAGAGUUUAUAUCUGUAAUGUAGAAGGGUUACAAUUUGUAAGUAUUGUUCAAAAAAAUUUUAUAAAUCCAAAUUAAUUGUUAUUCAUGUAAACACAUUUUCUUGGUUUUGUAUUUACUGUGAAAUAAAUGUAUGUUUGUGUUGGCAGUACGCAUCUGUCUCCGGUAUAUUCCCCCAAGAAACUGCUUUCCUGGUUUUGUUUUUGUGGACUGUAUUUCAUGCAUUAGUGCUGUUAUAACAUCAAAAAAUACACACUGUGAAAAGAAAGUUACUUCUAAAGUCA